GGUCCUCUUCUGUUCAUCCUCUACACCCUGCCACUUAGAUAUAUCAUACUUAAACAUGGUCUCCGCUUCCAAUGCUUUAUUAUUAUUGUUGUUGUUAUUGUUGUUGUUGUUAUUAUUAUGUCCACUUUAUAUUUCACACUGAAACAAACACCGGUCUCUGGGGUGAAAGUCAAGUUUCUAACCGACCCACCUACCUAAGACUUUCCCAAUAUUUAGCAGUGAGCAAUGACUCUAAAGGUCUUACCCUGCUCUGAAUGGUGACACAAGGGGUGCCAUGCCAGGGGGCCAGACAUUGAAGGACCUAACAAAGCAUGCCUUGGAAAUGAGAAGUGGCUAAAGGUGAGGCAUAAAACCAAAACAAUAAGCUGAAAGAUUCUAAAAAGCUCCAUAAGGUGAGGGGAUAAGUAAGGGGAUAAUUUCGUGUGGGUUUGUCCUCAUUUCCAUGAUUCUUUCCAUGGCCACUUUGCCUUUUAGCUCUAUUGUCACUUUGAAAAUUACAAUUUAAACUAAUUUUCUCAGUUUAGAGGGAACCUGGAGUCACCCCCACCUUGAAGCUACAGAUAAGACGGCCUAUUCAUGUAGUGCUUUGGCUAAGUUGUACAGUGACAGUCGUGAGUUGAAUGAGAUGAGGGAGAGAGAUGGGGAGAGACAGAGAGAGAGAGAGGGAGUGUAGGCCUACGUGUGAAAGAGAGAUAGAGAGGGAAAGAGAGCUCCUCAGUUGCCUUAGCAGCGCAGCUCCAUUCCUUCACAGUCGGGCUUCAGUCCGGAGCAGUGAGCGCUGCGCUGCGCUUCACCUACACGACUUCACCUUAAUUAACCAGUCACAGUCCGGUUGUUCUCCAGGUAUUCCGCGGUGUUAGAUUUUUUUUUAAUUUGUAAACUCCAGUUUGGGCUUUCUCCAAGUUUCACAACGCCCUCUCUGCGGCUGUUAUGAAGAAAAAGGCGACGGUGGCAAGUUGAUUCCAGUGCGGCUCCAGGUUUAAACAGCUCUGCAAGGUGUAAUAACGCUCCUGACGGUCGUCCUUGUCACCAGAGAGGAUGGCUCUGCAGGCGGGGAAUGAGAGUGUUGUGGAGGUGUCGGCGGGCUGCGUGGAGCAGGGCAACCUCACGGAAGUUACCGACUAUAAUAUCAGCUGUACGAACAGCUCUGUCCUCCCCAGACCGGCCACCAAGAGCAGAGAGACGGACUCGCUGCGCAUCCUGCUUUACUCUUUGAUCUUCCUGCUCAGCGUCUUUGGCAACCUGCUUAUCAUUGUGGUCCUGAUGCUGAACAAGCGCAUGCGGACCGUCACCAACUCCUUCCUGCUGUCGCUGGCGGUCAGCGACCUCAUGAUGGCCAUCUUCUGCAUGCCAUUCACCCUCAUCCCCAACAUCCUGGAGGACUUCAUCUUCGGGGGCGCCAUGUGCAAGACGGUCUCCUACUUUAUGGGGAUCUCUGUCAGCAUUUCCACCUUCAGCCUUGUGGCCAUUGCCAUCGAGAGAUACAGCGCUAUUUGUAACCCGCUGAAGUCCCGAUCCUGGCAGACCCGAUCCCACGCCUACCGCGUCAUUGCGGCCACCUGGGUGGUGUCACUGAUAGUCAUGGUGCCCUACCCAGUGUUCAGUGUCCUCAAGUCUUUCCCAAAGAGCAACGGUACUGUUGGCCACAUGUGUCGCCUGGACUGGCCCAGCCAGCAAGCUGAGCAGACCUGGUAUGUGCUGCUGCUGUUCACUCUGUUCUUCAUCCCAGGAGUGGUGAUGAUUGUAGCCUACGGUCUGAUCUCCAGAGAGCUCGUACGAGGCAUUCAGUUUGAGCUGGGCCAGAACAGAGAGACUACCGGCAAGAAGAACGGUAUAGGAAGGGCUGUCACAGGUUCGAAUGAUGACGACGAUGGUUGCUACAUCCAGGUGUCUAAAAAACCCUCUUCUGCUCUAGAGCUCCCCACACUCUCUGCCUCGACUGGUGCCAUCCAGGCCAAACCUGAGCGCGCCCGCAGCAACACCUCAGAGGCCAAGCUGCAGGCCAAGAGGAGAGUCAUCCGCAUGCUGAUGGUGAUUGUGGCGCUCUUCUUCAUUUGCUGGAUGCCCCUGUACUCAGCCAACACCUGGAAAGCCUUUGACCUGAAGUCAGCCUCCAAAGCCCUCUCAGGCGCGCCCAUCUCCUUCAUCCACCUGCUGUCCUACACCUCAGCCUGCGUCAACCCCAUCAUUUACUGCUUCAUGAACACGCGCUUCCGCAAGGCCCUGCUGUCCACCUUCGCCUGCUGCUGCCGCAACUGGCUCUGUCGCCAGUGCUGGUGGUGCAGGAAGAGGGAGGCAGGAGAAGACGGCCUCACCGCCGCUUCCAUGGCCACGUCGAUGGCCACCUCUAUGUCGAAGUUCAGCUACACCACCGUUAGCACCACCGGCACCUGCUGAGCCUCAGUGAGAGCUGGGUGGUCGCAUCAGUGGCUAACGAGCAGCGGUUACUGUGCGCACCAUCUGCUUUUUUCAAUCUUGUUUUUCACUCUUCAUCUUAAUAUGCCAUGAGUCAUGUGCUGAGUAAUAUCGCUGCCCUCAUUUAUGAGGCCUUUUUAAAAGGUCUCCUUCAAAUUCUGUGUGCAUGGUUGCAGAAAGUGAGGCGGGGAAAAUGUCGUUUCAGUUUGGUGACAUUCUUUUUUCUUCUGUUUAAUUGGCAGCAUCCGCUUUGUUGCAUCCUGAAGAGAACAUCAAGUGCCUGUGCUCUUUGUGUGGCUUCGUUUGUCAUGGUGGUUUGUUCACUGGCUCAGACAAGACAUUAUAGUGACAAACUACGUUCAAUAUAUUAAUCUUGCGUACUUGUAAAUACUGUCUUCAUGUUCUUACUGUGCCAAAUGUUCCUUUUUGACAGAGAAAUACUGCUGAACAGUGAGGACUCAUUAACUGAGUAAUGAUUCAGUAUGGAUUUCCUUUUGUGUUUAAUGUUGCUUCAUCUUCAUUCAUUCAGGGCAUUUCUCUCUUGCAGUUAUCCGUAUUAUUCUACUAAAUAACUUGGACAUUGUUGGGUCAAUAUCAAUGGAAACAGAGUUAGUCCACCUUUUUCCGGACAAGCUUCUUGCUCAGCUUUGACAGUGUUUUGCUCUUAUGAGUUUUGUUUCAUCACUUCCUGUGUGUAAAACAGAUUUCCUGCAAAUAUCCAAACACCAAAAUCCAUUCAGUUGGGUUAUUUUGUCGGCUUCUUAUAACAGGAUGUUUUUGCAGCACAGCUUUGUGAUUCAGACUGAUAAGGCAGGUGCAUGUUAACGUAAACAUCUUCAAGAUAAACAUCUGAAGACUGUAAUUAAGCCUUACUUCUUGGCAUACAUAAAUAAGAAAGCCUGGUGUUUAGAAACAGGCAAUUUUCUUUUACUGCAGUAAAACAAACUGGGAUGAAACAGGCUUGGUCAUGGGACUUAAACCUCCUAUUGCCACUGCUACAAAUGUGUAUUAAAUACCGAUGCAGACAUUGACAUCAGGAUGUGAAUUAACAGAAAAGGUGCUGAUGUUCUAUCCAUGAAAGGCUGAAGGCACCUGCUUGUUACUCCAAUGUGCCCCUGCGACAAAUGGCAAACUCACCUGUUCUGCUCAAUUAUCUCUGUGGUGUCUUUUUAUGUAUUCUCUCUGCCUUCCGCUUCAGUGCUGCCAAUUACUCUGAGCAUUACCUAAGCACAAAGGCCCCAUUUCCAGGCUUAGACUAACGAGGUGUUUCUCAGGGACCCUGUCCUGCAGUGCAACUCUCACGGCUUUGCCUUUAUAAAACUGACGCCAAAUGGCUCCGCUAACACACCACAUCUGAGCCCUUCAAUUCUUUAAUGAUAAUAACAAUAAGAUCAACAACUUGAUUUAACAACAAUUAAUAACAAUUAAAGACAGGGCGAAACAGCUUGCACGGCUCUGUCUAAAGCUAAAAAAUCCACUUACAGAACCUCUAAAGCUCUCAGCUUGUGCAGAUUUGUGUAAAAUGUAUAAUAAUUUAUAAUGCAGAACCUUUAUUGUGGGCUUGUGGUGUCAUUUACUUGACAGCCCUGUUGGGCUUUGAAGCUAAAGUUUUGGGACAUUUGGGUAAAUACACUUGUUAUUUUCUGACAGAGAGGUAGAUGAGAAGACGUACACCACUGAUAUCUGUUCAUAAAAUGCUAUAGUCAGCAGCCGGUUAGUUUAGCUUAGCAAAAGACCAAUAUUUUGUUUAUGUAAUCAAGCAUGUGAAUAAACGUAUUUCUGAAAAUGUAAAAAUAUUUAUUUAAAGGAAAGUUUAUGUAUUUUUAUUUUAACCUUUGUGCUUUUCUUUUAAUUAUGGCUAUGGGUCAUGCUACAUUUGCACUAUUGCGGAAAUGCCACUUGAACAAAACAACAUAUAUUGGGGCAAGCAGCCCAAGAUUUCAAAUUUAACUUAAAUUUUACAUAAAUAAUUCCAUAUGAAAGUAAACACAAGAAGAAGCCUCCUGGAUUAGCUAUUGAAGCUCCUAUUAUGAAGUCUUAAUAAUAGUCCACUUGAUAACUAACAACCCUUUGCACCCUAGUUUUAUUUAAUUUCCUUAGAAGACAAUAGCGCAAACAAAUCUCUCAUACUACUUCUCCUGCACGCACACAUGCUAAAUCAAGCCACAGCCUUGCAUGUAAACAAACCAGUGUGAAGAUGAAUAGGUAGCUGCAGAAGUAGAUCCUCAUGCAGUUAGCUGCAGUAACUUAUCCAGGUGGCUACUUUGUGUGUUUACUUAGGUUUAGACUCAGAGGCAAGCACUUGAAAUAAUUUAUGUAAUAUUUAAACAUAUGUGGAGGGACUUUAGGAGGCUUGCCUGCUUUCCAUAAACUCUAUAACAAUGGUGGCAAGUGCAAAGUUAGCAUGAUCCAUUAGUUACCCUCUAAAUACCCACUGAAUUUUAUGUACACAUGAAGUACGUGUUCAAUGUUAAGGCAGAGGUGUUUGAUUUGGGGUGGAUAAGACCCGGGUUCAAUUCCCACUGUGAGACAUCUGCCAGUGUGUCCCUGAGCAAGACACUUAAACCCUAGUUGCUCCGGAGGCGUGCGACCUCUGACAUAUAUAGAAAUUGUGAGCAAAAUGAUUCAUGAGCUAUGUGUAAAUUGACGUUGUCCAGUGAUUGAUAGAUAUUAUUUUGUUGACAGGACAUGAUGUUCAUCAACAAAUUACAGAUUGCCUUAGAAAAAUGAAUUCAUUCAUAAAUUCAGUUAAUUAUGCCAAAAUAUGGACAUGAAAGUGUUGCAGUGAAUAAUUUAACACCCCAUUAAGAUAAAAAGUAGACAGAAUUGUAUCAGUUGGCCUCUGCAACACAAAAGUAUCUGUAUUUGUGUUAAGCAGUGUGAUGUAAUACUUUUGUCCUACAUACGGUGUACGUUGACAGCUUAGCGCUGUCAUUUCCUAUCACUUUCAAGUUUGGUCCUCUUUUUCAUGUCCUCUCUUCGCCUAGCACUCCCUGUCCCUGCAGCCCCACCGCCCACCACCCUCCCUUUUUUUAUCCUUUUUCAGUGCAGAAGCGUAGGAAUACAUGAAUGACAAUAGCGUGUGGGUGACAGCUGAGAUUUGCAGGCACAAGCACUGUCCAAGAGCAGUUUACAGACGGUGGCAGAGGUGACGGCGAGUUCGGCUCGCAGACAGACAAUUGGCACACAAAAAUCCCUAACAGAGCCUCACUUGUAAACACUUCGUCUGCCGGCUUCCACUCUGUGUGUGCUUUCGUAAUUAAGGAAUGUGAUUUCCAUAUCUUUGCCAGCACUUGGAGAACCUUGUGGAUUCAGUCAGGAUUUAUUUCACUGUCUGUGCACCCUUUCACCUUCCAUCAAAUUUGUAUUUAUCCAAAUAUUUUGUGAACGGUAUGAAAUUGGAGCCUAUAGUUUAAUCUUAAAGUAAAUGACCAUAGCUGAGUGGGAAUAAUGAGGAUAAGCCUCUUGAUCCAGAGGUGGUAUUGUUUUGUUUUCCAUUGCCUGUAGAUUUACAACAUCACAAAAUAAAUAUGUCUCUAGCCAUGUUCAUUAUGAAAGAACAGUGUAAAACUUCUGGGUAACCUUGCAUAGUAAACAUUAUGGUAAAAGCCUGCAAGAGAGACCAAAAUUUGCUUUUGAAAAAAAUGCUGUUUUUGUUGAAUUUUAUAUCUGGUUAGCUAUUUACCACACAGUCAUAGAGCUCCCCAGUCAUUCUCAUUCCCAGGGCGUCAAAUGCCUACACUUCGUCACGUCCUUCAGCAUCUGGCACCAACGUACAUGGAACCCUUUAGUCAUAGUAUGCACUGGGGGUGCAAAUGCUAAAAGAAGGCCUACUAUAAACAAGAGAAAAGGCAAAAGUAAGCAGGUGGUUUGGGUGGACAGGAGGUUCAGAACUGGACUUCACCCAGGAGACUGUGUUUGUUUCCUGUGUUUUCAAUUAAGUAUUGUUUGCCAUUAUUUUCUUUUGAAAGUCUAUUGCAAGUAUGGGCAAAUUUUUUAAAUGCAGCGAUGAUUCAAAUUCAUUUUUAGGAAAUACACUUAAAAAGUAAAUAAACACAUUUUCCAAAAUGUAACAUGUUUUCUUUCAGGCUUUAUGGAGCACUUCCACUGCAGGCCUCUGUUCAGUAACUGUGAAAGUCACUUGAAAGAAACAGUAGGCUACAGAAAUAAUAGGUUUUUGCUAUAUCACAGUUAAGUUUACAGACUCCAAAAAAAAAGCCCUGUCUCUGAUGUGAGAAAUCUAAUUUUUACCCCGUCCCCAGAACAAUGCCCGAUGCAAAUUGAAACUGAAAUGAGGCCGAGGCAUGGGACGGUGCACACAGUUGGUUUCACUCUUAUCUCUACCUCCCUCAACAAGAAUCCCAUUAGAAGCUUCAGGCGGCACACAAGGAGUCAAAAACAGCACACCUCAUUUGCUUCUUCAGUUUAGCAGCACACGAGGAAAAAGAUUUGAUCAUCUCGGGACACAAAAGACUGUAACGUCAUCUUCCAUAAAUGCCACUUAUCUGGCAGUGAAAUAGUAACCCCCUCAUAUUUCUGAUGAUUCAUUUGUGUCUCUUAAAAGAAGAGAGCAUGUCGUUCACUUUUCAAAGCUACGUAUGAUAAUAAUUUAAUUGCUUCUACAAGCACCAACAAAUAGCUUACAAAUAGAUAAUCUGCUCGUUAAGCCGCUCAUUACGAUUUGGCUCUCAGUUAACCUCUAACUUUGAGGAUUUUCAUGUUUCCACUCUAAUUGAAGGAUUACACACCUUGCUCACCUUGAGCUCACUAAAUCUUUACUUAAAAAUGCUACAAACAAAGCUGCUUUUUCUUAGUUCUUGAAACGUUUACUGCUUGGAGUUACAGGAUGUUCAGCCAGCAGCAAACACUGACAAAGCACUCAUAAGUAAACUCAUACGUUUCUCAAUUAUUUAUAAUGGCUACCUGGAGGACGGCUGCAAGUAAAAUGUGCCUCUGCUGAAUUUUUUAUUUUGUUCUUCUGCAGAAUAAUUCAUAAUUGCAAAGAGAGAUUUUUGUAGUUUCGCCUCAGGCACAGAAUUAAAUAUUUUGUUUUUGUCUACAGGUUCUGCACGUGAGUGAUACCAAGAACUGUAGUUGAUGUGAGUUGUCAAAGAACCGGCUCUCAUCUGUUCCUUUUCAUGUACGCCUUUUGCUCAGCCUAACAGAUUUCGUCUUUGUAAAGAAAAAUAAAAGGGAAAAUGUGUCUUCUGGUAGCUUUCUCUGCUCCUUUUCCUUCUCAACGGUUGAGUUACAAGAGGAGUAGUUGUUCUUUUAAGGACUUUGAGACUUCUUAACACCUUCUGAGAGAGCAUUUUACGUGUUUAGGGAAAAAAACUCCAUCGUAAAGCAGUAAACAAGUAAGUCAACAAAGUGAGAGAUGCUGAGAUAGCGAGCAGGCGCAGAGAUGAGAUGAUGAAAUCAUAUAUUUAGCUCCUAUUAGCAUUGGAAACACUUCUUUGAUGGUGAAGCUGUCUGUGUUUUUACGUCUCCAUGCGAUAAAUGUUUACCAGAGCAGUCUCCAGGUCUGCUGAACUCCUUUUGGUGCCUGCUUGUGCUACAUUGUAAUACUAUAAAAUGCGUAAUUGUCUGUUAGUUGAAACAGAACCGUGCUCUCAUGUCUGUGAGAGGUUUUAAAUGUGAGGUUAUUGAUGUUUGUGAUGUUUUGCUUUCGCUGUACAAUUACUAUGAUGCAGUCUUGUUUUUUCAUGGCUACACGUACCGCAUUUUUUCAUGCCAAUUAUUUAACAAAAAAUAAAUGUUGGGGGAGAAAAAACAUGAUUACGUCUUUAUGUUAUGUGUGUGAGAG